AUGGCUGUUACCGGCUAUUUCAUCGACCAGGACUGGAACUACCGCGAGAUCUUACUUAGCUUUGAGCUACUUCACGGGCAUCAUAUUAAAGAUAGGGUGUUAACCGUUACCACUGAUAACGCUUUAAAUAACUCUACCCUACUAGAGACGCCGCGAGCGUUUCCUAGAGCUCUAGACGAAAGAGCCGAAGCUCGUGCUAAUAUAAGACGUCCGAACUCGCUAGAACUUAACGUUUCUGAUGCUUCGGCGUGCGAAACGGCUAUAGUCAACCUUUGA